AUCGAUCCAAAUCCACUGCAGUUGAAGGUGGGGCGGCACGAGCAAAAAGGACGCCAUGUUGCGCAACAAAGUCACGCUUGCGAUGGAAGCUGGGAAGAUGCGUGACGCAGCGCAUGGCCGCGAGGACGUUAUUCCGCGUGAACGGCAUGUGAGCGUGAAUAAAUUUGAGCGCAAGAUGAAGUGGUUGUCGAGCGAAGAGCACUACCGGGUUCGCAUCAGUCGGUGGUUGGAUAAUGGAGUCCUUGGACUUGUCUUGGACAUCCUGGAAGCUGUCGUGUCGGUGGUCUUCGCCAUCUGCUACGUCGUCAACUCGUACUCCCCCGGUCCUGGGAUCCCUGCCGACGUGUGGACUGUGGAACUGAGUUGCGCGCUUUUUUUCUUGACCGAUCUCAUGUCCCGAGGCAUUUUGCUCGCGGAAUCGUUCAAGUCGAUGUUGUGCUGGAACACGUUCAUCAACUGCCUCGUGAUCCUGCCCGUGUAUCCUGCGGCCAUGUUUGUGCCCACGCAUUCGUUCUGGCACGGUGGCGGGUACUUGCGUCUGAUCUACCCCAUCCGAUUCCUCAAAUGCUCGAUGGAAAUCCGUGCCGUGUUGCACCGCGGGCGGUCGUUCAUGUCCCCCGUCAUGUUGUUUGGGUUGAUGGCGUACUUCAAGUUCUUGUCGGUCAUCUUUGUCGCGGCCGGCGUCAUCCAGAUCACGGAAACCUCGUUCAGCGCGGACGUGACCAACGACGGCGACUGGACGUUCUUCAACUCGCUCUUCAAGUCCAUCUUGACGUUUGUGUACGUCGACUACCCCCCCGCGGAGAACCCCGUCUCCAAGAUCAUCGUCGGCACGCUGCUCGUGUUCUUGCUCAUCAUCAUCCCGUACGAACUGUCCAAACUGUUUGACAUCAACUCGCUGUACUCGUCCUACGAGCACGACACAUACCACCCGUCGCACCACUCAAAGCACAUUGUCAUCUGCGGGGACUUGACGCCGCAGCGCAUCGAGCAGUGCUUUUGGGAAAUCUUCCACGACGACCACGACCUCGUCGACAUUCGCGUCGUUGCCAUGUGCGACGAAGCCCCGCCUUCGUCCAUGGUGGCGCUGCUCAUGGAUCCGUUCUUUGCCAAGCGGGCGGUGUACAUCCAGGGCUCGGUUCUGGACGCGGACGCCGCCACCCGCGCCGCCUGCGAUACGGCUGCCGCCAUCUUUGUGCUCACGCGCAAGACUGGCCACGAAGACGUCAACGUGUCUGACCACCGCACCAUCAUGCGCGCUAUCGAAGUGCGCCAGGUGUCCCCCGCCGCGUCCAUCUUCGUGCAGAUCCAUCUCUCGACCAACCGCCAUCUGCUCGAGGCGUCAGGAAUCACAAACGUGCUGUGCAUCAGCGAAGUCAUGCACUCGCUCUUGGCGCAAAACUGCUUUUGCCCUGGCUUUUCCACCCUCAUGUUCAACCUCACGGCAGCGUUGAGCGACGUCAAGGUGGACCACACGUGGGAGUCGCGGUUCCUCCAUGGCGCGUCGCAUGAACUGUACUCUGUCACAUUGCCCCCGUCUCACGUCGUGAGCGGCCUCACGUUUGCCGAAGUGGCCGUGAUGGUGCACACGCAGUGCCAAAGUGCGAUUCUGAUUGCCAUCCGCGUCCCCGUGCCCGAAGAUGACGCCGACGACGACAGUUCGAGCAGCGUGAUCAUCCUCAACCCGGGCAAUUCGUACCUUUGCCACGGAAACGAGACCGGGUAUGUGAUUGCGCGCGACCGAACGCAGGCAGACCUGGUGCUGGGCAUGGCGAAAGAUCCGAACUGGGGCUCGUCGCACUCGGCGUCCACGUCGACCUCCAACGGGGCGAACGACCCGCUGGUGCCCAAGGCAUCACUGCAACAAACCGCGCAACUGACGCCGGACAAGGCGGUGUCGUCCCCCACGGCGGCGGCGAUCGCCAAGGACAAGGUCAAGCACCUGUCCAACCCCACAAACAUCAAGCGAGGGCUGGGGGCGCGAAAGAAGCGGACGGCGCGCACCAUCAUGUGGGCCGCGUCCAAGCUGCAAGAGACGUCGGAACGGCACAAGAGCAAGAAAAUGGACGAGUUCGUCGUGGACGACGUGCCCAAACUGCACUUUCCCCUCAAACCGAUCGUGGUCGUGUCGUUGGGGUCUGUGUUUCCUGAGAAUUUAGAGUUUUUCAUCGCCCCACUGCGGGCGCCCACCGUCAAAGAUCAUCACCCGAUCGUGCUCAUGUCGUCCGAACUGCCGUCAGAAGAAGUGUUUGCGCACAUCCGGCCCUUCUCGGAUGUGUUUCUGGUCAAAGGCGAGCCGACGCGGUUGGGGUCGCUCAAGCGAGCGGGUAUUGAGAUCGCGUUCAAAGUGGUGCUGUUGUGCAGCGAAGAGGACUUUGGAACGGCGUCCAACCAGUUGCUGGCGGAUGCGGUGCGUCUCCCCUUCUCUUUUUAGUGAAUAGGACGAGGAUAUCUCUUGUAGACGUCUAUUGCAGUGCACAAGAGCAUCACGUCGCUGUUGGGGCCUCGAAACGCGCCCAUGGUCGUGACCAAGCUCGUGAAUCGGUCGAACGUCAACUUUAUCUCGCACAACCUCAAGCAAAGCGGGUGGUUUGAUCGUGGCCGGCCGCCGUCCACCACGUCGUACGUCGUCACCUGACCAUCAUUCGUCACGCGUGUGUUGUACGGGAAUGAAUGUAGCGACACGAUCAAGUUUUUGUGCUCGCCGUCGUUCGCUUCGGGGCUGACGUACUCGACGGAACUGUGCGACAACCUGAUCAUCAACCACUUUUUCAAUCCCAUGAUCAAGGACAUUGUACGGGAGCUCGUGUUCUCCCCCCUCCGCGAGAGCAAACUGUACCCCGGCAAGUCCAAGUUUUCCGCGUUCGAACGCAACUUUGCCACGUCGGGGCUUCAGCGCAGCUCGCUGUUUACGUGCGAACUGCCGCUGGACUUUGUGGGCAAGUCGUUCGCGUACUGCUUUGAGUACCUCUUACUCAGCGACGCCAUCUUGACGUUGGGGGUGUACCGCUGCCUCCCCCCGGACCUCGUGCCGGGCGUGUCGCCCCAGUCGACCGCCAAGGCGCGCAUUGAAAGACACGAGACCGAACGCGCGGUGCCCUUUGGCUACGUCUACCUCAACCCCCUCGCGUCCGAAAUCAUGACUGGCGACGACCUCCUCUACGUGCUCAGUCAUAAACAGCCGUGCUGGGCCUAGCAUUUCAUACAAUAAUCACAACAAAGGUUGGGCUUUAUAUUGACAGUGUCAUUAUUAUAGAUUUCCAUUUGUGUUCGAUUGCAAAG